UUGGUGUGACAACCCUAGUAGCGGCUGCCAUGAUUUGGCGUUUGUCUUGUCACGUAUAUCGUCUGCGAAAUUACGAAAAUGCCUCGCGAUAAUUUUAAAUGGACCUCUCUGCUCUCGUUCUUCAUAUUCUUUACUCCAAUCUUCGCAGAAUGGAACACAAGGGAUUACGUUCGGAGGGAACAUUCUCUCACAAAACCGUAUCAGGGGAGUGGAAUGUCGGUGCCUUACUGGGACUUCUUAGGUAGCACAAUAGUAACGUCAAAUUAUGUUCGGUUGACUCCUGAUUUGCAGUCGAAGUCUGGUGCUCUUUGGAACUCUGUGCCAUGUUACACGCGCAACUGGGAGUUGCAAGUGCAGUUUAAGGUGCACGGCAAAGGCAAGGAGCUAUUCGGCGAUGGGUUUGCGCUGUGGUACGUGCGCGACCGCAUGCAGACGGGGCCCGUGUUCGGGAGCAAGGACUACUUCCACGGCUUGGCCAUCAUAAUGGACACAUACAGCAACCAUAAUGGGGCGCAUAACCACCACCACCCUUAUAUAUCGGCGAUGAUAAACAACGGGUCGUUGCACUAUGACCACGACCGCGACGGCACUCACACGCAGCUCGCCGGCUGCGAGGGCAAGUUCCGCAACUUCAACCAUGACACGCAUCUCUCCAUCGUCUACAAGGAUGAUACGCUUAUAGUGUCAACAGACCUGGACGGCAAGAACGCGUGGAAGGAAUGCCUGCGAGUGGAGAAGGUGUUGCUGCCGACGGGGUAUUUCUUUGGGGCGUCGGCCACCACCGGCGACCUCAGCGACAACCACGACAUCAUCGCCAUCAAGAUGUUCGAGCUUGAUCUGCUCGACACGCAAGUGAAAGACGAAGACAGAUCGAACAUAAUCCCAUCAGCUGCGUCCUUCGAGGCCCCCAGAGAAAGAAUUGAGGACGAAAAGCCAGCCAUGUCUGGAGUCAAGACCUUCCUAUGGAUGAUGUGUGUCGCGAUCAUAAUCAUCGUCCUCGUCGUUCUUGGCAUCAUGUGGUACCAGAAGAAACAAGAACAGUCCAGAAAGAGAUUGUAUUGAUGAAGGUAAUUGUACAUAAAACGUAACGUUGACAGUUAACCCCGACGGAAAGCUUCGCCAAGACUGGAAAACACUGCGCGUUCAUUUGAGUGGAAUCGGAGCGCGGAGUGUCAGGAUUUCUAGAACCCCAGGGAUUCGAACCCGCGACACUACUUUGUAAGUCACGAGCUCUCCGACCUGAGCGGAUAAAGGAUAUUUCAGUGGCUAUACAUUAACCACCUUACAAAUAAAAAAUAAACCACGUAUGAACGUGGGUUUAAGUAUUUGACAGCGGGGCUUUUUGGCGGGAACGGGACAGUUGCUUUCUUCAUUGAGUAAUCUAAAUAAUUAAUACGAAGUGGUGUUUUGUGGUUAAUGAUCGCAUUAAGUUAGUCGGAAGACAUUCGCGAGUGUUAUUAUAUCGGAGUAUUCAAUAAACAAAGUGUAUCUGCCUAUUUUCGCUUCGUGCCAGGAAGCCGCUUCAUAACUCGAAAGUUUAUGCGGACUUUUGAGUUAAUUCGUUUGGGGUUCGGAGUAGGAGUCUACUCCGAGAGUGGGGGCUUAGGUUUCAUCAUCAUCACCUUUCAUCAUUUCAUUAAUCAUCUAGAAAAAAAUACGUAAGACAUGGCUGUAUGGGCAUAGUUCCCUUGGGUGAAAACCAAAACAAAAAAAAAGUAUUUGACAACCAAGCCCCCCCCCCCCCUCCUGUUCAUUGAGGGGAGGCCUGUGCCCAGCAGUAGGACGUAUAUAGGCAGUUUAUAUAUAUUAUAUCAUACAAUUCGACUGAACCUUGCUUGGCUGUCAAAUACUUAAACCCACAUUCAUCCCUGGUUUAUUUUUUAUUUGUAAGGUGUUAUAUGAAUAAAUAUUUUAUUGCGUAUAUAGGUUUACAAUAAAAAAAAACUUAAACAAAGUGACUGAAACCGGCCUGUGUUCUCAUUCUUUUUUCUUGUUAGAUCGUCAAAACGUCAAAAGCACGCCCCCGUUGCUAUGACAACUCAUAGUAAUUCGCACUCGUAAAUGGAACUCAACUGCUACUCAAAUACAACAGGAAUUAUGUGACUCCGUUCGCUCCUAUCCCACUCAAGUGGACGCGAAGCUUAAAAAAGUUUUCAUACAAACAUGACAAUUAUACCCUUUAGAUAUUGGUGCUACAAUAAACCUGGUGUUGGACAAUAAACAGACAUAAAGUGCAUUACAAAUAAGAUCUAUUUAAGAAUGGCAAAGGAUGAUGAUUAGAAAUGUAUGGGAGGUCGUCUAGGCCACACAAUAGCGACAAAACAUUAUAUCAUUUGAAAGGUAUUUUGAUCAGAAGAGGCAUCAUAGAGAAUAUGAUAGUUUCCUACGUCAAAUGUAAAUUAUGAAAUUCUGAUUACCAAAUAAAAACAGAUAUAAAGGUAACAAAAACCUUUUUCUUUUUACCGACUUCAAAAUAGGAGGACAUUCUUAUUCGAACGGAUUUUAUUUUUCUAUUUAACUUAUGUAUUAAUUUUAAUAACAAAAAAUUUAAUAACAAGUGCGACAUUUUGUCACGUUUUUCCAUGAAAUCACAUAUCGUAUUUUGAUACAAAUUUCAUAGUAAAUUUCGUGAGUUGACGUUUAGUAAUCAGUAACUGAUUUGACUAGUUGGAAACAACUUUAUUAAUCAUCAUCAGAAGACCUUUCUUUCCUUACCUUGACCUUUUUUAUAUUUUCUUUUCUUUUGUUUUGGUUCGUCGCUGCUGGUGGUCUUGGCCAGACUGGUCAUUGAAUCCUCUUUUUUGCAAGUGGCAAAUGGUAACACAGGUUUCAAUUAGCCAAUUACAAAUCGGAAUUGUUAAAUGUAAUAAGGGAAAUCAAAAAGGCCUUCAUCGCUGCAGGCGCUUAUGCAAUUUCUAUACACAAAUAUUUAAAAAAUAUAUAUUUAUGUAUUAGUCAAUGUGGUCCUAUGGUACAACGGCUUGCUUCUCAAACAGUACUGGGUACCGGACUUGCACCAAUGACUUGUUAAUUUACCUUCUUCUCUUCUUCUAUCCUGUGGGUUGUGAGGUGAAUUACCAACCCCAUCAACCCUGGUGGCAGGGGCUCUGGGGGCAAUUUACCUUAAGUGCAGUUUUCACUGACACAGUUGUCUCGACCAUCAUAGACGGCGAUACGGCUCACUACCUAUCACGUUGGGGAACAGAAAGCUCGGUGAAGCGUACCUUAGUUCAUCUUGCGAUGGAUAUAGGUAUCCCUGACUACCCCAAUUGGGAUAUCGUCGUGAGCUUAUGUUAUGUAAAUAUUUAAAAAUGGCAGACGCGCCUGCCGCUAUAACGGCCAUUUUGAUUUGGAUUAUCACAAAUAGUGUUGCUAGUUUAAAUAAAAUGGAAGUUUUAUAAAAAUGGGUCUUCGCUAUUAUAAAAAUACUCUCUUCAAAAGAUUUCAGUUACUGUUCCGUCGUGGAUUAUUAAAAAAUAACACCUAGCCUAGGUACGUAAUUGGUAUCUUUCUUUCGCUACAAAUAUAAGGCGCAAAAUACGUGCCUAGGUUAAAAAAUGACUAUUUUCUUAUUGGUACUACACUUGCUUAGUACCUACAAACAAAUAAAUAGUGGAAAAACCAACUGUGUUAAUCUUUUUGAUGUUUUUUUAGGUGUUUUGAUUUGACCCUCUCAUGACCAUAUUCAAAAACAUUCCUUUUUUAAAAAAAACAAUAAAUUGAUAUUAUAAUUGAUAUUUCCCUCAGCUUUCGCGCUCGAACGAUUUUCUUUUUUGAAUUUGGAAUUCAUUUCAUAAUAAUAUUAUUUACUUAUUACUAAUGACGUCAUAGGUUGGUGCAACUCUUAUUGUAGUCAUAAUAAUAAUAUUCUCGACCAAUCGAAACCAUUAUUGGUUAUACGGCAAUAAUAUUUAAUAGUAACCCAGAUAAUAUGAUUGGAUAUGUACGUACGGUCACGAGUACUAAUACGUAUACACUUUGAAACCAUGUCACAUUAACUUUUUUGACAAAUAAAACCGUAAGUCUCAUUAAAUGUCAAAUAAGAUAGUGCGACAGGGUUCUAAAGUGGGUACAUGAUAUUGCUCAUGAGUGUACAGACAGCAAAGUUGUUAACUUUAAUUUGUAUUCGGUGGCGGGAAAUGGUGUAUGUAUAAUUAAAUCAUGACUAGAAAUUUGAGAACACUGUUUUCGAAGUACUAUUAUAUGUAAAACAAGGAACGCGUGGGGGGAAAGGUAAGUAAUAUUAUAUCAAUAUAACAUUCUCCCUCAUUAAUCCGUCCAAUUCCUUUGAUCAUUCAAACGUACCAGGAUUAGAAUCUUAGCCGGACAAAGAUAUAGUACAUCCCUUUCGCACUAACGGUAUACAGGUUAGUGCGAAGGAGACGAGAGAUAUGUCACUCUAAUAAUGCUACGUUUUAAGGGGUAUACACACAGAUUUCUCCCGCAGGGGUACGGAUCACCACCGUUAAAUUCAUUGAAAAAAAAAACAUCUAAAAAGCAAUAUUACAAUUUAACAUUUGCGUAUAUAUAAAUAAGUGCUUUCUCAGAUGAGUUGUUUCAAUGUGGCCUUCUUAACCCCCCAGUAAGGAUAACCAAUAUGUCAAAGGUUUUUAGAUUUCUGGUCGAUUUAACAAACUUUGUUUUCCGUACUUCAAUUGAUUAUUGAUGGCAUCAUAAUACAUAAUUUAUUUUCCUAUGUAACCUAUAUUCCUAGCUGUAAAGUCAAAGAUCUUUUUCAGUUGUUAUCUUGUGUUAUUAUGGGGAUGGAUAUACCGUACAAGGCUAUUAACGUUGUGAAACGAUAGUUGUUUUCUAAAGAUUGAUACACACUUUAAAAAAGUUUAUGAACUUUUCCGGCCAAUAUGCAGGCAACAUUACAAAGAGAUAUGUCAAAACAAACAAAUUAUUGUCUUACUUUUUUUUAGGAAACAUUGAUAUGCAUAUAAAGAUGUUUAAUCGAUAUCUGCCCCUAUAAUAACUGCACUAUUUAUACAUUUACAUACGUAAAGUCAUUAGAUAUUAUAAUUUAUUUUUAUUGCUCACGCAUUCAUAAUAACAUUUAGGUCAUACUUUGUGUAUAAUUAUAUUAAUGAUUUAAAAUAUAACGAAAACAAACUAGAUGGCGCUAGUGAGAAGUGAGGUCUAUAUAUAAGCUAUGUUCUUCUUUAAGUGUUCUAUUAUUUUUAAGUUUUUCUUUUUAGCCCUGUAUUCACUAUGCACAUUUUUUUUUACCGCAAUGCGUUAUUUCUCCCUUAAUCGGAAACCGUUACGUGUUAUUUUCAAACUUAGUUGCAUAAUGAAUACAAGGCAUUUCACUAGCGCCUUUAAAUACAAGAUUGCCAAAUCUUGCUCUAAUUAACGAUAUACAGACGUUGAAAAAGUUUCUAGUGCUUUAUUUACUCGCGCUCUUUUGUUCAGUAAUAACUUCUUCCAUAAAGCUAUCAAAUUACGUCAUAUGAAUCUAUUUUUUAUUUUAAAAAAAUAUAUAUUUUUCAAGACCUGUGUAUCGUAUUAGGUGCGACUGACAUAUCUUCCUAGAGGUUGUUAUGUUUCGAAAUAUUGUUUUCGUAAAGUAUUUCAGUUCGUUAUUUAGCAUCGAAAAUUAUGUGGUAUUUAUAUU